AAAUGGAAUAAGAAGGUUGACAGAUCCUGUGUGGUGCCCAAAACGGCCCAGCAGACUAAAAAAUAGAUACAAAUGAAUAUGAAGUUCGAUUCGAACCUGGCCUAACUGAUGUCUUAUAAUGAAUAUCUAUUUGAUCUAAUUGUUUUGAAGGGUCAAUCUUUUAUUCAAAGCCUCAAGGAAAAAAAAAACAUUUCGAAAAACAAAUUCCUUUAGUUGUGUUUACUGUGACUAUAGUGCAGAAUUACAGUUCACGAGAGACUCCCAGAAAUGUGACUUGUAAAAUAAGCAAAACUACGUUCGAGUCUAUACUAGUCACUUGUAAGAUCAAACUACUUCUUCCACAGUCAGCGUUUAGUGUUAAUUUCACGUCCAACAGUACCUCAUUGAGCGAUACAUCCAGCAUAGAACUAAACUGUACUUCUACCCGCUCUAAUGUCCAACCAUCGCAAGUACAUAUGAAUAUGACAACAUGCUUAAUUAAGAUCAACACGACACAAUUACAAUCAGGUUAUUACGACCUUCAGUUGAUGGCAUCAGCUUUUGGGAACGAGUCAAGUGAAGAAAGUGAAGUCAUAAGGCUCCUUUUUCCAAAAGAGCUUCAAACUCCUGUAUGCACAGGUCCCACUUAUGAUAUUCCUGCUUGCACUAUCGGCCUCAGUAAAAAGUUAUGUGUUUCUUGUGUAGCACCUAUCGCCAUAGGAAAAGCGAAAUGCAGCAUUUUCUACAUAUCUGGGUAUAGUUCUGUUACCAUUAAUAGCUAUACAGCCAACCCACACAUGCUAGUUGACCAGGAUAACGUCAAUACUUACUCAGCCGAAUGCUAUGAAUAUUUAGAUGUUACAAGGUUUAAUGAUGGGGUUAAGUUCAACAUCAACUUCACACAAGUCCUAGAAAAUGGAAACACCUCUGUGACAUCAGCUUCUUCAGCCAACUAUUAUUUUGAGUCUACGAAAAUAGUCAACUUCACAGUGGACGGUAACUCCGUGGGUGUAUGUGCUAACAUGGGUGACAACUUCACAUUAAGCUGUGAAUCUCACGGAUCUCCACCGGCUGCCAAAUUCCUUCAGCUGGGGCCAACACUCAACAACGGAUACAUCAUUUAUGGCUUUCCAGAGACAGAUUUAACAAGGACAAUCAAAGAGACCUAUGACUACGGCUAUUAUAUGUGCGCUACCGGACAGCAACCCGAACAUCGGGAUUCAAAAUCAGUGUAUGUUGUAGCUCCAGAUCAAAUCAUGAGGAGAAACAACCAAACAUACUACAAGUUGCAGUACACUGGCAUCAAUAACAGCAAGUCACCGGAUGUCCCGAGCCCUCUACCAUGACACUCUUCAGAAAAGAAGACGAGUUUGUGAAAGGGUCAGGCAUAGAGAUUUUAACAGAAGGAGUCAACCUGACCUAUAUAAGAUCUCCUCAACUCAUCCAGUCUUCAAACCAAUAUAAAGCGUUGGGCUUUAUUAAUGUCACUUUCUUGAAUAAAGACUUGACUCUAAAUUUACCAGAGUACAGAUUAAAUGUUAGCAAUGGCUUGUCUAAUUUUACUAUCAUUGACUUUGGCGUUUAUGUUGAACAAAGCAACAACUUUGGUCCAACUUUACACAGCGUCUCCGUUUGUUGGAUAGUUUUAAUUGUGUUGAAAACUCUUGCUAACUUUCUGUAAUUUUUACUACAAAUAUUACUAUAAUAACAAUGUCAACUGACAUGUGAAUCUGUGGCUGAAGAAAUAUUCAAGAUUAAUUGACACAUUACUGACUUCUCCAGAAAGAUAUAUGAAUACACUGUAUAUUAAAAUAACAUUUUAUAUUCAAAGAUCAAUUGCAUAUCUCAAAACUGAAUUUAAAAGAGUGUAUUGUAGCUACAUUGGUAGGUAUACAGGCGUUGUAAGUAAUACAAAAUGACAUUAGAGUGACUUUAAGUAAAUUACUGAGUUAAGCAAACACCAUCAAGUUAGCCUACUUUAAACAUUUAACUGACAUGAUAUGUGUUUACAAAAUGGGAAGAAUAUAACAGAGAUGUACUGCAGAGUCAGAUUUUCUUAAACAAAGGCCUCGCAUAUAAUGCCCAUUGUCUAGAUCACUAUUUGAGUUCCUGACAUCUUACUCACUAAAAUGUCUAGUCAAAGUUUAUUGGUUACCAUUUUUUAAUAAACAUAUUCGCAUUUAAUGUAAAAAAAAAAAAUUAACUACCGGUAAAACAGAGUUUCACGUUUCGAUAAAUUAGUUUUGUUUAUUAAAAGUAAGUAAGUAAAAGUACAGCUUAAAGCUCUUAUAGCUCGAGAAACUGUUAUAUGAAUAGCUUGAAUCAACCACUGACAUCCUCACACACACACACACACACAUCCCAAGAGUAACAAUAAAAUGUUUGUAAUAAAUACACCAAAAAAUCCUCAGAAUUUAUAUAUUCUCAAAACCAACUGUAUUAUUUUCUCACCUUUAUAAUGUAUUUUGGCAUUAAACAAAAAAUAUCAUUCAAAGAAAUUAUAAAUUGAAUAAAACUAUUUAUCAUUGA